AUGGCAGAAUACAACAACAGAUAUACUACUACAAAUGCAGGUGAACACAAUGGCAAAACGACAUCUAAUAACUGUACCAACGAUUACUACUAUAACAAUAGCAACCCAAGUGGUAAUAACGACGUGAAUGCUUCUACCAACAACCACUAUAGAGCAACUUCAAAUAUUGCUGCAAAUAUAAAACCAGAUGCACCCACUGAAGGAAGUUUUCAACAGGGUUUAUAUCAAACUUCAUCAUCACUAGCAGGAGUACAACCUUCAUACGUAUUACAUGCUACGCCUAUUCCUCAUCCACCGCAACACCCACUCAUGUCGUUACCUCCCCCAAUCACAUCUGCUAUGAAUAGUCAGGCUAGCCCAUCACAAUCCAUCAACCACCUUUACCACAACCGCAACAAUAACAAUAGUAUUGGCAACAGCUUCACUCUGAGAGCUAGUCCCCAUUUUCAAAUGUUGGGUCAUAAUAGAAACAAUAGUCUGGAACACAAUAUACAAUAUGAAACUUCUCAUCAGUAUGGCUGUGGUGGUAACAAUGACGCUGCUUUUAGCCAUGUGCCACAGUCUUAUAUGAAUGGUUAUCCAUUAAGCCAACCAAAACCAACAUUACCAUUACCUGCAAAUCAUCAACUGCAGACACAAACACAGGAGCAGCAGCAACCACCACAGCCAAGAGAUUCUCAAGAACAACUUACAAGCAACAACUUUCCCAAUGAUCCCACGUCUUCUUCACAACCCCACAACUCCAAUGACAAGUUUAAUUCACUGCUGUACCACAUGGGCCAGCCUUCUCAAUCAAAUUCCCAAUUUGUGCGUCAAUUUCUGCAUCAUUUAAACCCAAAUUACGCUGUCAACCUUAAAUUUAUCAAGGAUUUAAACACAAUGAUGAAUAAUUGGUCAGAAGAUGAGGUGAAGGCGAGAAGAAGAUUGGUCAAGUUUGACGUUCUGCAUGGGGAUAACAACACAAUGCAAAUGAUAAACUUUGAAGCUAUAAAAUCAGUUGACUACGGAGUAACACAAGCAGUCAUUUCUUGUAUUUAUUGGCAAGAAAAGAAUAGGUUUAUUUGCACUUCAGUUGAUAUCAUUUUAUUGCUUGAAUACUUGGUUCAUCAAAGUUUUGGUAUUGAAGAAAAAAACCGUAUUAGACGAAAUUUGCAAAGUUUGAAACCAACAACUGUCUCAAGAUCAAACAAAAAUGAUCGUGACUUUUUCAGUUUAAUCAUGAGUAUGGAAAAUCCUCGUCCCAGAAAUAUUGAAAAGGACUUGAAAGUGUUUAAUUGGAGUGAUUUGGGUAAAGCUAUUGCCAAGGUUAUGUCAAAAUAUUAUGUUGUAUCUUCACCAUCACCAGGAUCGGCAAAUUUAUGGUGUAAUGGUGGUCACCAACUGCAUAAUGUGCCGUUGUCGGGAUCACCAGCGCCAGCAGCGCCACUAGCACCAGCAACACGACAGACACCCCAGUCUUCACAGACACUGCAAGAAGGAGGGAUGCACGCGAGGCAAAGCCAGUUAGCAUACGGUAAUGGCAAUAAUUUACACCACGCCAGCCAACCACCAUUGCACAAGCCGAGUUUACCACCUUUGACUCUGGUUGCUCCUAUUUCAAAUUCUUCAACUCCAACAUCUACGCAGUUUCCCCAUCAUCAAUCUCCUCAACCAUACGGAGAAGAGAUACGAAGUUCAAGUUCUGCACCCGACCUUCAAAAGACCCACUAUCUGCUGGAUUCAAACCGGCGCAAGGACUUUGCUUUCCCCCCCACGGCAAGAGUCCAACUGAGUAAUACAUCAACAAUAGGAACCCCUCUGGACAGCUCUAAUGUACGUAGACAAGUAACCCCUACAUAUCAUACUCAAGAGUCAAAACAACAGUAUCAUCAUCAUUAUCAUUCGCAACCAACUGGCUUUCAAUUACCAUUACCACCUCCUAGGCUAUUUCCUUCUGGUAAACAUUCUUAUUCACGAGUAACACCUAGUACAAUAGACGCAGGAGUAACCUCGCAACAACAACAACAACAACCUGUGAUACCAAGGUCGAGUGACGAAUCUACCAAGGAGACGAGUAACAUGAACUCAGUUGCAUCAUUUGGAUUAUUGAACUCUGCAGCGAAUGAUUCAUCGUCCUUUUCAAACAAAGAAGAGCUGCUGCUGGAUAGUGAUAGAUGCACGAGUAAGUUGAAGUCUGGAUCCAACGCAAGAGGGUUAGUAUCGUCGUCGGGUCAACACCCACCAUCAAUCAAUUUUUCCGACAGUCCAUCUCCAGAUAAGGAGAUUGAAGGUGAUACUAGUUCGGGCUCAGAGAGACCUUCAAGUAAUGAUGACGAUGAUGCAGGUAGUGCAUUGUCGGGCAACUCAAAAGCAAGUGUCGAUAAUUCUGAUGACAGUGGACAGACAAACAAGAGUAAUGGUAUUUCGAAUAGCAACAGUUCAAUUAGUAGUGGUUCUAAAGACUCGUCAAGUUUAUUUUCAAUGCAACGUGAUCUGGGUAAUUCAAGUGAAGAAUCAACAAUGUCAAAUUCAGUACCUGGAAGUGGUAAAUUGACUCCAUUGAAUUUCAAUAAUAACAACAAUAGUGUUGGUAGCUUGCUGGGAACUAAUGGAGGUGCUGCUGCAACUACCAGUUCAAGUUUUCCAAAGACGAGUUUGCGUGCUUUAAUUGACCCACAACCAUCAUCUCUUUUGGGACAUAAAGUGGAAGAAGAUGGAGAACCAGUAGGAGAUAAUGGUAAUGAAGAUGAAGAUGGAUCGAUGGAGGAUGAUGCAGAUGAAAUGGAUGUUGACGAUGGCAAUAAGAUCCACAACCCCAACUGGAAUCGAGAUGAAUCUAUCAGGAUUAGAGCUCCACCCAUGACGAAAAAGAGAAGGAGAAAGCCACAAAGGAAAAUGAGUAAUUCGCAUCAUCAACUACAGAAUAAUGCAACUUCACAGUAUUUUGAUAAUAAAAAUGAGAAGUUUACUUCUUCUCAUCAUCAACCUUUGCCCAGUUUGAACGGUGGAGUAAUGAAGCCACAACUACCACCGAUAUCUCAAUUGCUUAAAUCAGAAUAUACCUCAAACGAAGCAAGUCCUCCAUCGUCACCUGCUUAUCAAUCACCCUUGGCUGUCGAUGAUGAAAGAGUACCAUUGGUUAAAAAAGUUCAUAAUUGGAAAGAUUAUUGA